UUUGCCACCACUUGUGGAUAUUUGAUUCUCCACCUCCUUUCACAUCCUUUCGUCUUCGAGAAAGAUUACUGGAAAGAAAAGAAGAUGGUUUUCUCCUCUGUCCCAACCUAUCUGGAUCCACCUGAACGGAACCAGAGCUUUCAGUUUCUGGCCGCUGCAGGCGGAGGCAGCGAGGCUUCUCAGCUCUUCCCGAGGUUGGAAGCGCAGGGAACGGAAGCUGGUGUGGCAGCUGCAGGGUCGGCCAGGCCUAUCUCCAUGGCAGAACGAGCUCUCCUCGCGAAGAUCCCACAUCCCGAGCAGCCGCACAAGUGCCCGCGGUGCGACUCCAGCGACACCAAGUUCUGCUACUUCAAUAACUAUUCCCUCUCGCAGCCCCGCCACUUCUGCAAGACCUGUCGACGCUACUGGACCCGAGGCGGCGCCCUCCGAAACGUCCCUGUGGGCGGAGCCUGCCGUCGCAACAAGCGGAACAAAUCCUCGGGAAGCUCCUCCAAAUCAACCGCCACUACCUCCACCGCUGACCGUCGGGCUGGUACCUCAUCCUCAUCCUCCACCGCCGCGGGCGGUGGUAACGCCGAGCGACCCUUCUUCUCCGCCAUGCACACUCUCGUCGAUCCGGCAGGGUAUCAGGUAGGAAGGAGCAGCCUGGGUGUCGGGCUCGAGCGGUGGAGGAAACCACAGAUCCAGCAAUUCCCUUUCCUGGGAGGACUAGAGCCACGACCAGAGCCGCCCGCGUACCGUCUCAACGGAGAAGGCGUAGUUUCGGCGAAGAUAGAAGACAACUCCCACGGGCUACGUUUGCCAAGGCAGUGUUCAGAUCUUCUCGGAACUGAGCAAUACUGGAGUGGUGGUGGUGGUGAAGGCGGCAGCACCAACAGCGGAGGUUGGGCGACACAGCUAUCGGUAUUCAGCUCCUCAACUAAGAACAUCUCGUAGUUUUCAGGUCAUGACCUGAGCCGAGCUUUUACAGGAUGUAACCUAAGCGUUGGAACCCUACUUUUGCCAUGGGUUGGAGAAGGAACAACUGGAGUAAUCAAGGAAGAAGAACAUGAUCACUAUUCCAUGCAUCUUUCCUUGAUGUAAACGAGGAAACUUGCUUAUUACUGGAAUCUCAAACGAUGGCUGCUCAAGUGUUGGAAGACUACCAAUAUCCUCAAUGGCAUGCAAUCAAAGAACUCGGUCAUGAUGCAUGACGAGGUUUCCUUUAUCUUUUCUAGAACUUUGGAGCCUAUUCUUUGACUGUUACGGCAUCUUUUUUUGGACUUCUGUCCCUCCAAAAUUUACUGGAAUCUAUCUACGCCAUCGGGAAUCCCAACUCCCCAUGAAAUUCUAGUUUG